GACUUCCUGUACAGUAGUCCAACAUGGCGGUUAUGUCGCUCGCUUGAGUGUGUAGUGGAAACUGCGAAAGUUAAGUCAUUUACGGUCCAUUUCAGUGACAGAGAGUAGAGUAAAAGAAGUAAGUGUGUAGACUGCGUGCAUCGGCUUUGGGAAAUGAAGGGAAAAGAGCGGUCGCCGGUGAAGAAACGCUCUCGCGCGCCAGAUGAUGGCAGAGACCGAGGAGGAAGCCACCCGGCCAACAAGAAGAGCGGAGCCCUGUCGACGCUCGGCAGCAACAACGGCAACGGCGCUGCUCACAGCGGGGCUUCGUCCAGGAGAAGUUUACACAGUGAGAAAAGAGACAUGAGGGAUUCAGACGGACAUAAUUCAUCCAGUCGGACUAGUAGCGGUUACGACUACCAAGUUGUUUCGGGGAACAAGCCGUACGGAGGCGCUGACAUCGACGCGGAAGCAGCCAGGUCCGGUUCACGCAGUGACCCGCGGCCUCCGUCAAACCCUGAAAACGAGUACAAGACUCUCAAGAUAAGUGAACUGGGCAACCAGCUGAACGACGAGGAGAUAGAGGAUGGAUUGUUUCACGAGUUUAAGAGAUUUGGGGACGUUAGUGUGAAAAUAAGUCGUGAAAACGACGACAGGGUGGCGUAUGUGAACUUCAGGAGGCCGGAUGACGCCCGCUCUGCUAAACACGCCCGCGGUAAGCUGGUGUUGUACGACCGGCCUCUGAAGAUAGAGACAGUUUACACGAACAGACUCCCAAGUCGCUCCCCUGUUUUAAAAGACAAUUUCUCUCCAGCACCCAGGCAUCUCCACUCUCAGAGGCCCCUUUCUCCCACUGGUAUGGGAUAUAGAGACUACCGAUUACAGCAGCUGGCCCUGGGCCGUCUCCCCCCCCCUCCUCCUGCUCCUCCUCUGCCUCCACCACAUCACAUCAGAGAUCUGGAAAGAGACAGAGAUUUUUCAGUAUACGAUGCCAGGAAUAGACCCCCGUUCAUCCCUGAAUGUGCUGUUUUCCGCGAGGAGGACCUGAUGACUCCUGAGGAUGACCAGAGGGCGAACAGGACUUUGUUUCUGGGCAACCUGGAUGUCGGUGUGACAGAGAGUGACCUGAGGAGGGCGUUUGACAGGUUUGGGAUGAUAACAGAAGUGGAUAUAAAGCGCGCAGUGCGAGGCCAGAGCAACACUUAUGGAUUCAUCAAGUUUGAGAAUCUUGACAUGGCUCAUCGUGCCAAAGUAGCGAUGUCAGGGAAAGUGGUGGGCCACAACCCAAUUAAAAUUGGGUAUGGUAAACCUACCCCCACAACAAGGCUGUGGGUGGGGGGCCUUGGACCCUGGGUUCCACUCGCUGCACUAGCCAAGGAGUUUGACCGCUUUGGUACCAUCAGGACUAUAGACUACAGGAAAGGUGAAGUGUGGGCUUACAUCCAGUAUGAAAGUUUGGAUGCUGCUCAGGCUGCAUGUACUCACAUGAGAGGCUUUCCUCUCGGUGGUCCUGACAGGAGACUGAGAGUAGAUUUUGCCGAUACAGAGCACCGCUACCAGCACCAGCAGUACAUACAGCUCCCACUACCCCUGCCGCACUACGACUUUGUUCCGGUGCCCUUUGCCCACCGCCUUACAGACUCAGGGAGAUUGAGGGAAAGGUCCCCUCCACUUCCUGCUCGCUUCAGAGACAGGGGCCUGUACACCAGUGCUGAAUGGUCUGGCUUGGGUGUCCACGAUAGAAUGCGAGGAGCAGGCUUUGAUCCCAUAGAUCGUCUUGAAAGGCGUCCCCAUGAGACCUGGUCAAUAGACCGUGAUUUACAAGGCAGAGAUUUAAACCGCAAAAGGAGACAUUUGGAUGAUGGAAGUCGGCUGGAUCAUUCACCUGACAACAUCGACUUUGGUCUGUGCCGUCACGGCAACUCAUUAGAGCGCAGCCCUGGAGGGAGUAGCCGAGAUGGGGGACGCUACAGUGACCCUGAACGCCUGCCUCGCUCUGGCAAAACCUCCCCUGUCAGAGAGCGCCAGAACACUGGCUUUGGAGACAAGAGAAGAAAAACACUUACCCCGCCUGCAACAGGCUCCUGCACUGAGAAGGACCGCAAAAUCAAAGCAAUUGACUCAUCCAAGAGCCCAGCUAAGAAGGAGGAUUGCUUGGAACAUCUCCCCUCCUCUCAUUCCUCCAAGUCUGGACAGCCGUCCAAGCAGGCAGCUGGAGGAGAAAAGCUAAGUCAGGUCUGGCAGGGUGUCCUCCUGCUGAAGAAUAGCAGCUUUCCCACAUCACUGCACCUGCUGGAGGGGGACAUGGCAGUGGCUACUAGUCUGCUGUUGCAGGCCUCCACAGGGGGUCAAGCGUCCCAGCUGAAGAUCAGCCAGCGCCUGCGACUCGACCAACCCAAGAUAGAUGAAGUUUCACGUCGCAUCAAAGCUGCCAGCUCUAGUGGAUAUGCCAUCCUUCUGGCCGUGCCCGGGAAAUGUGAAGACGAAGGGAUCCAGGACGCCAACAGCUCGGCUGAGAGACCUCUCAAGAAUCUGGUUUCCUACCUGAAGCAGAAGGAGGCAGCCGGCAUCAUCAGCCUCCCUGUGGGGGGCAGCCGUGACAAGGACCACGGAGGAGUCCUUCACUGUUUCCCUCCAUGUGAAUUCUCACAGCAGUUUGUGAAUGCUUCUGCCAAAGCCUUUGCCAAAUCAGAGGAUGACUACAUGGUGAUGGUCAUUAUCAGAGGAGCGUCAUGAUAACAAAAAAUAAUAAUAUUCACAAUGUCUCUUUUCACACUCAUGAACUGUUAAACUGUGAGUUGUAAAAACAGGGAGAAUUAAUAACAACAGAGUAACAGGAAGUGAUGAUUAAUGAUACAUUUAUAUUCCCUAACCUGCAUGGUAGCUUGUAUCUCAUCCUGUGAAAGGUUUAUAGAAAUGAAAAGCACGUUAAAUUAAAAGGUUUUGAUAAAUUGAUACAUUUAAUUAAUAAUUCAGGUGACAUUCUGCUUUUUAGUUAACAGAUUAAUGUACUUAGCAUAUACUUCUAAAGUAAUUCAGAGCAAGCUACAGUGCUGUGAAUCAAUGCUAUAUUUUGCCUCUCAUUUAAAAAGAAACACAAUUCCUUCAUAUGAUUUGAUACAAUGCAAUGAGUAUUUUUGCUUUAAUUUAAUCUGUUAUCAGCAUAGAUUCAAUGGCUAGUGUCAACACAUUUGUAGUGCUAUAAUGUUUUUACAGUCAGCCUUUGAAAAAGAAAAUUAAACCAAACUCGUGCAUAUGAUUUAGGAUGUAUAUCCAUUUGCUCUAAAGCGUUACCUAUUGCUCAUUAAUAGGAUUACUCCAGAUGUGCAUCUGUAUUGCUUUCUUCUCACCAAGUAAACGUUUUGAUUCAAAGUGUCAUUAUAUAACAGCUUUUCUAUUUUUGUCUUUUUAGGCCAGUCCUGCUUAAAGCUAAAUAAAAUUGUGGAAAUACAUUGGGUUAACUACAGUAGGGCAUUAAAGAUUUUAGUACAUUGAUGACAUUAACAUAAAUGCUCCUGUCUGAGCCACAUCUGGAGGUUUAUGUGAUAUAAGGUGAAGGUUUCACUAAGCAUUGGUAGAUGUAUGGAGGGGUGGACACAAGCAGCAAUCACCUGUAUAUCAUAAUGUAGUUCAACACAAUAACCUUGCAAAGAACAGUGCUCUUAAGAAGCUACUUAUGUUUAGUUUUAAUAUACAUUUUAUUUAGAGAGACAAUUUUAGCUCUGUUUAUUUUUGACCCCCACGGUAUGCAUUGUAGCAUUAACAAAUAUUUACGGCUGAAACUGAUGAUUAAGCUACUGGUUCUUUUCUUGGUUAAAUAAAUAAUGAUUUGGUCUAGAAUAGAAAAAAGGGGAACAUGUGAUGUUUUUAUGUCUUCAAAUAGCAUUUUAUUUUGUCCUAUCAACUGUCCAAAACCAAAGAAGAAAACAAAGAUAUAUUAAUAUAUAACUGAUUGAUUAAACAAUUAUCAUAAUUGUUGUAGAGAAAGUAUUUAUCAAUUGACUAAUCAAGCUGGGUAAUAUAUUGUAUGUCUGAUCAUAUCAUCCAGGUUUGCUUUUGUCCACCCCUUUUUAUAUUGUACUUUUAUUGGCAUAUUUAAUUUAGUUACAACAGUAACUGGUUAAUCAAAUUCUUCACAUUUCUUAUGUUUUAAUCCAGUAAUUACAAUUACUAGUCCAGCAAAGUGUGUACUGUUUAAGAAAAAGAUGAUAUAACCUCUAAAUAAAUGUAAAGGCUCUAUGUAGGUUAUGCGAUGCAUAUCUCUGAUGACUGAUCAGGAGUCUACAAGUAGACACUAUUGCUCUCAGUGGACUUCUGAAUGAGUGAAAGGAGAGAAGGCCCAUCUCCAGUGGCCUUACACACGCCUUCCUCUGAAAGGACUGUUCAUUAUUAUAUUUCAUGCUUUGAUUUGAGUACUGUGAUUCAAAUGGAGAAAAGAAAUGAUAUCUGGAGAGAGAAAUGGAGAACAUCCGUGCUCAUGGGCCUAAGAAGUAUACCUAACUGUCAAAGUGCAACAAGCACUUUUGUCUCAAUAAAUUUACUCUUUCAUGGGAAACACGA